ACGGGCGACGCAAUAACACAAAGUAUUUUGAUUGUAAAAUAUGUAAAAUUAAUUGUUAAUCGUAAUAAAAUGCGCGGCGUAGUGGUCGUAUUGUCCUGUGUACUCGCAUUCGCAUUCGCUUCAACCAGCUCCGUCAACUAUUGCGGCGCUAAGAUGUGUGGAGGCAAAAAUACACAUACUUUCUGCCAGUAUCCAGAAGGCCCUAGUCCUAACUGCAUUGGGUAUGUAAAUAUCAAACUUAGAAACCGAGAGAAGGCGAGACUGCUAAGGCGGUUGAACAGCGGCAGGAAUAAAUUUGCAGGCGGCUCGCAUUCGGGGUUUCCUCCAGCUGCGAAUAUGUUGCAACUGCAUUGGGUUGAGGAGCUGGCUCGUGAAGCCCAGCGCUGGGCAGACCAGUGUCGGCGGCCGCGACGCGUCGAAGAACACGACACUUGUCGUGAUUUAUAUUCAGUGACAGUUGGUCAGUGUGUGGCGUCGAAAAUAGGCGAAACACCAAGACGAAUCGACUUUAUGGUCGAUAUUUGGAACAAACAAAGCCAGUAUUAUAAUCACAGUAUCCUCAACUACGAACCCCCAAGUAACGACAAAUACUACUACGGUGAUUUUGCACAGCUCUAUUGGGCGAAGAGUUAUAUGGUGGGAUGUGCUCGAAGUAGAUUUCAAAUUAUUUGGAAAGGUGGUCUCAAGUUUGUGGAGAGACUAGUCUGCAAUGUGGCCCCGGCUGGGCCAGAGCCGUACGACCGAUUAUGGCGACCUCAUCCACCAACUGAACUCUGUCCAUAUCGUGCAACACUAUCUUCAUCUUGGCGUAACCUUUGCGAUUACCGUGAAACGUCUCGUGAGCUGCAAGAAGAGUUAAAACGUGAUGAACUUGAUUUAUCACGAAAAGGAAAGAAAAGGAAACAUAGAAGGAAACAGAAACAUAGAAAGAUUCCACAUCGUUUACGUGAAUACCUAUCAAGAUCAAGAAGAUCUAAAAGAGACAAACCAAAUGAUUAUGACGAUUAUCCAAUCGAGUCUAGCUCCAACAGACCAAGGGAAUUUGACAGAUCAAUGGAUCCUAAUACAGAUCCUAAUAUAGCUAGUCGUGUCGCCCCGAGUAUUGUGAUGGUUUGGAAGUGGAGUAACGCGAACACCUGCCUGCCACACACGUCCCUCGCACACAUCCUCCGCACACAUCCCUCGCUUGUUUUGUAUGCGCAGAAAUCUAGCUUGCUGAACCGUUUCCACCAGUGCUGUCGCACGUGUCUGCUAGAAACUAAUAAAAUGCGCGGCGUAGUGGUCGUAUUGUCUUGUGUACUCGCACUCGCUGCCACCAGCUCCGUCAAGUACUGCGGGGCCAGCAUGUGUGAAGGCAAAAAUACACAUACUUACUGCCAGUAUCCAGAAGGCCCUAGUCCCAGCUGCAAUGGGUAUAUAAAGGUCAAGCUUAGAAGCAGAGAGAAGGCGAGAUUGCUGAAACGGUUUAACAGCGGCAGGAAUAAAGCUGCAGCUGGCGGGCUAAAGGGGUUUCCCCCAGCUGCGAAUAUGUUAAAACUGCAUUGGGUUGAGGAGCUGGCUCGUGAAGCCCAGCGCUGGGCAGACCAGUGUCGGCGGCCGCGACGCCCCGAAGAACACGACACUUGUCGUGAUUUAUAUUCAUUGACAGUUGGUCAGUGUGUGGCGUCCGCAAUUGGCAAAACGCCACAACGAGUCGACUUUAUGGUCGACAUUUGGAAUAGACAAAGCAAGUAUUAUAAUCACAGUGUCACCAGAUACGAGCCCCCAAGCAACGGUACCAAAUACUACUACGGUGAUUUUGCGCAGCUCUAUUGGGCGAAGAGCUAUAUGAUAGGAUGUGCUCGAAGUAGAUUUCAAACGCAAUGGAAAGGUAGUCUCCAGAAUGUGGAGAGACUAGUCUGCAACGUGGCCCCGGCCGGGCCGAAGCGGCACCGCCGAUUGUGGCGCCCUCAGGCACCAGCUGAACUCUGUCCAUAUCGCGCAAGAGUAUCUAGUACAUGGAUUAACCUUUGCGAUUACCCUGAAUCGGUUCGAGAGCUGCAAGAAGCGUUAAAGGUUAAUGAACAAGAGUUAUCACGAUCGAAAGGCAAGAAAAAGAAACAUAGAAAGGUAUUACUUCUUGAUAUAGGGAAUAAGCGAACAAUCACCGACCGACUCAUUAAAUACCAAAAAAGCGUGAUGAUUAAUGUUUAUAUCUUCUUCAUACGAGAAGAGGCCUUUGCUUAG